AUGUCUGUCAAAGUCGACGGCUUUAAAUCAUCCACUUUCUUCGAACUGUUAAAUGUCAGCUUCUCUAGUAAUGAAGCAAAGAGAAAGGAGAACAUCAAGAAGGCAAAUGCGAUCUAUGAAUUUAAUGUAAAGAAUGAAGAAGGAAAGACACAAGUCUGGACCAUGGAGUUGAAAAAGGAAGGCGUCAUUUGUGCUGGCAAAGGUUCCGCGAAACCUGAUAUCACCAUCGACCUGGCAGAUGAGACUUUCGUUCAGUUGGCCUCAGGAAAACUUAACGGUCAAAAAGCUUUUAUGUCUGGAAAGAUUAAGGUCAAGGGCAACAUGAUGUUGGCCACGAAAUUGGAUGGCAUAUUGAGCAGCAUUUCCAAGGCAAAAUUGUGA